AAGGAACAAACGAAGAAGCGGAUAAGUUAACCGCUACAGUAAAAUAAUCCCCCGAGAGGAGGAUUAAGCUGACCCGUCCUUCCCCCUGGGUCAAAUUUCUGUCCGGAGCUGAUCGAAGGCGUUGCUGGUGUCUCUCGAGUGCCUCUGCCCAGAUCAAGCGUGCCUCUGCCCAAAUCAAGCUCUGAAUAUAGACUAUUGGCAAAUGAAGAAUACAAACUAUGGGGGAUUGAUAAUGUCGAUUCUUGGGAAGGAUCGGGCAACCGGACGUGGAGCACAAACUCCAAUUGAUAUGAUAAAUGAAAUAAAUCUGGACACUGCAAAUGAACCAAUUGAUAAUGUCGAUUCUCCAAUGUCUGUGAAUCGAGGAGGUAGUGAACCAUCUACACAAGUCCAAGCAAGAGGUAAACGAAAAUCUAGAUCGAAGGACGAUGACAUUGUAGCCGGGUUAGGCAAUGCAGCAGAGAAAUUAUUUGAUAAAUUGGCUGCAAAGUUGGAAAAAUCCGAGGCUUAUUAUCCACAAUAUUUAGCUAUGGAGCUUGACAGGUUAGGAUUUGAGGCCAGUGAUAACCUCAGAAUCUCUAAGGCAAUGAGAUCGGAUCCAUCGAAUAUAGAGGUUUUUAAGGUUAUUAAAACGGAUGCGAGGAAGAUUGCAUUUGCUCAUGACUUUUUGGAUAACUAAUUUAGUUAAGUAGUGGACUACAUAUUUCUGUUUAUGUAUGGGAGGAUGAUAAUUAUGAACAAUUAGGUUUGAAACUUAUGAACUUGUUGUAUGGUGGUGGAUGUUUGUUUCUAAAUUUGCAUGUAAGGAUAAUUUUAUGAUUAUGUGUUAUGUUUUAGAAUAUUCAUAUGCGCGUGAUUGAGUUGAUUUAUUGAUUUUUUAAUUGUAUUACUAU